AUGAAUAAAUCAAAUAGAAAGGCAGUUAAUACUAGUUUAUUAAAUGACAGUUGGGAUCAUAUUAAGAAAUAUGACCACGUUUGUGUUAACUUACACGAAAAUGACUUAGUUUUCAUCAAUGCCUUUAUCGAUAUUGUAAAUGAAGGCAAAAGUAAGAACAGAUAUUUAGUAAAGAGAAUACGAAAGCAGUACGGAGAGUACAUUGCCCUUAUGAACGCCAUCAAUAAGUUUAAUAAAAACUGUUUUCUAUUCGGACUACAUCGCAAAUCGGAGUUAGCCAACUUCGGGGACGUUGUCAUGAGCAACAAAUCUGAGAUAAUAAAGCUUUUUUACUUGAUUCUAGCCCACACGAGUAACCUCUUGAAUUCUGAUAAGGGACUUGAGGAACUGAAACGGCUCUGCCCAAACGUUUAUAAAUUGGUUGUGGUCAACAAGUCAAGAUACUACUUACACAAGCUAAUGGGAUUCAUAUCAGGCUUAAAUCCUAAUAAAAGAGUGGAUGUGAUGGUUGUGCUGGACAAGUAUUUACAGCCUCACCUUAUCCAGUUACUGCAUCAAAUUAGUGCCCGUGAUAUUGAUAAUGGUUUUAAUACCAUUGUUAACAACUCUGCUAAGGCUAACACUGGAGCUAAUAGUCACACGAGUCAUAUGAGUACAUCAGGUAAUGUAGAUGGUUAUGGUACUGGUUAUGACAACGCUCCCAUUGAGGACUUGAGUUAUAUGGAAGGGGUAAACAUGAAAAAUUGGUCAUUUUUUCUUCUCUUUUACAUCUUUUUACCCAUCACCCUAUCCUUAGUCCUAAUUAUCUACGGCCUAACUAAGUACUUAUACAACUUAAAAAGGAAUAAAUUCAUUUCUGUCACCAUAAGAGACGAUUCAUCUGAGGACGUUGACAAUGUAAGGAAUCGAAAGUUGAAGCUGAAUAAGAAGAUUCAAUUUUACAACCCACAGAGGGAUUAA